AGAUAUUAAUGUAGAGAAUGCCGAUAAAUAGUAAAACAUUAAACGUAAAUUUAAUUUAAGUUUUAAUCUGCUAUUUUGUUUCAUUGAUAAAACUUUUAUUUUGACUAAUAAAUAUGCAUGAAUUCGGUUAUUCUGAUCGUCAACGAUUAUAAGCAUUAUUUCAAAAUUGUUUUGGUUGUUUUUUAAAUAAUACGGAGCUAUGGCAAACCACUAUGAUGUACCAAAUUGGGCUGGAAAGCCACCAGUAGGUCUUCAUUUAGAUGUAUUGAAAGGCGAUAAAUUAAUUCAAAAACUUAUGCUAGACCAAAAAAAGUGUUACUUAUUUGGAAGAAAUGCUCAAAUGUCUGACUUUUGUAUUGAUCAUCAAUCAUGUUCAAGAGUACAUGCUGCUUUUGUCUACCAUAAACACUUGAAUCGAGCUUUUUUAGUUGAUCUAGGUUCUACUCAUGGUACAUACAUUGGGAGUAUAAGAAUUGAAGCUCACAGGCCUACACAACUACCAAUAAAUAGUCAAUUUCAUUUUGGAGCUUCUACUCGAACGUAUAUAAUACGAGAACGACCUCAAUCUACAUCUGCAUUUGGUCCACGUCCUAUAAUGGAUCAGUUGGAGAGAGAAUCAGACAAAUCUUCCAGUCUUCUGGGUUUACCAGAAACCGACUAUGAAUUAGAUAAUUUAACUGAAUUUAACACUGCACAAAAUCGACGUAUAUCUAUGCUUGGCAUAACUGAAGACAAUUUAAAAGGAAAACGGAAAAGAAAUAGAGGUGUUCAUUUUAAUGAAGAUGAACAAAUAAUUAAUCCUGAAGAUAUUGACCCAUCAGUAGGCCGUUUUAGGAAUCUAGUUCGAACUACUGUUAUACCUAAUAAAAAAUUCAAAGACACUAUGGGUUUUGCAGUUGAUCACAAUAAUAGCAAUAACCAAAAUAAAAAUUUUAUGAAACAUAUGGUACCUGGUGGGCAUCUAGGUGAUUCACUUUAUGGGGAUUUACCAGGUGAAAAUGAGGAAAAGCAGUCGGGAUUUUUAACAUCAAUAGGAAACCGUUUAGGUAUGAAUCUACCAAAUCCUGCUCCAGAGGUUGAUCUAGAUCCUAAUAUAGAGGAAGUAGUAGUACCUAAACCAAUAGUUACUGAAAAGGUAGAACUAGUUUCUACAGAACCUAAAAAGAAAAAAUAUGCCAAAGAAGCAUGGCCUGGAAAGAAAAGUGCUCCAGCUUUACUUGUUUAAUGAAUGUCUAUUUUAUUUCUGUAUUAAUCAUACAUAUUUUAAUAUUUGUUUUUAUAUUAUUAAAUAAUAUAAAAACAGAAUUUUACUCAAAAUUGUUAUCAAUUUAAAACAUUGAUAUUCAAAAUUAUCAAUUAUUUCUAAAGGUCAAUCAAUAAUAUUCUGACUGGAAUCAUUUUUGUAUUGUAUUCAUUUGACUGAAGUUAGUUUGAUAUUUAUGAAACACUUUAAGUUAAUUUUUUUUUUUAUUCAUUAAAUAAAUAUAAUUGUAUAUAGAUUAAGAUGUUUGAAUGAAUUACUAAUUUCAAUUAUAUUUUUUUUUCUGCAAAUGUACUACACAGCAUUCAACUUAUAAAUAAAAUUAAUUUUUUACUCAUUUAAUGUUUGUAUUUUGCCCAUAUUUAAUAAUUGUUAGCAGAAAAUAUGUUACAUUUAAUUCUUUUUUUUUUUAAGUUAAAAUUUUAUAAAAAAAAAUUGUAUAAAUGUUAAGAAUCUUAAAACUUGGAACAUAUUUUUGG